CAACGUUGCAACUGUCUUCGUCAGACUCUCUCCCCGAAUUUUCAGCACCAUGUCGUGAAGCACAGAGAGCCGUGACCGCGAAUUGGAAUUGGAAGCCCUGGAGGUGUCCGCCCGCUGAGCGGCUGAUAUCCGGCGGGGGAUCAGCCGAGAGCCGAUAUCGAUAACACACCUCCACGCUGGCCGACCAUGGUCUGCCGUGUAUGUGGAGAGCGGCAACUUCACACCAGCAUUGCAUCCCGUCGCAUCGCACAUCCGUUAUUUGGAAUUGCAUGAGGACCGUGUCGCUGUCUCUGCGCAAUGCCCUCCUUCACGGCCGACGAAGUCAAUUCCCCUCAGGCCUGCAAUCGAGUCUCCAACGGCCCCACUUCGCCCUUGGUGAACGACGUUCACCUCCCAUUCCCGCAGGUGUGCAAGAGGAUAAAUGAUCGCAUAAACGCCUUCUUGGAAGAGAAGGAUGUAUCUUCAAGAUUACAAUCCGUCCAAGAGCAAACACGCAACUCCUUAGCCGUCAUAGAAGAAGCCCUCGACAAAUACACCCUCCCGCAACUCUCCCUCGCCUACAAUGGCGGCAAGGACUGCCUCGUCCUCCUCAUCCUCUACCUCUGCGCCCUCCACCGCAAAUCCCUCACCACCACCCCGCAUCCCAUCCAAUGCGUCUACAUCCAGGCCCCCGCCCCUUUCCCCGAAGUCGAAUCCUUCGUCGCAUCCAGCGUCCGCACCUACUCCCUGUCCCUACUCGAAUACAACAAGCCCAUGAAAGCCGCCUUUGCCGACUACCUGCACGAUGUCCCCACCGUGAGAGCCAUCUUCGUGGGCACUCGGAGGACGGAUCCGCACGGCGAGAACUUGAGGCAUUUCGAUCCGACGGAUCAUGGGUGGCCGGCGUUUAUGAGGGUGCAUCCGGUGAUUGACUGGCAUUAUGUGGAUAUCUGGACGUUUAUCCGCCACCUCAAAAUCCCCUACUGCGAACUCUACGACCGCGGCUACACGUCCCUAGGCGGCUCCACAGACACCCAUCCCAACCCCGUCCUCGCACGUCAGCCCUCGACGCCAGAUUCCAGCACCGUCAACGGCGCCGCGAAACCCAAAUUCCGGCCUGCCUACGAGCUGGUCGACGACGAGGAGGAGAGACUGGGGAGAGAUAGCAGAUGAGGGUCGUAGUAGUCUUCUUAGUUUGGUGUAGAUGAGUAUGCAUCUGGCCCGAUCGAUCCCGAUUUGAUAUUGCAUAUAGAUGGGCGUUUGGGAGUUUGGCGGUGUGUGCACUGUGUUGCAUGGGCGGUUGUAGGAUAAAGCGCAGAUUUGGCAUAUAAUGAUGCAUGUCCGUUGUUGUUACUAGACUAAGCUUGCAAUCUGGAUGCAUCAUUGAUGCGACGAGUGCAUACAAGGGAAACACGUGUUUAAAGCACGAAUUGGGAGGUUCUACCCAGGAGCGUAUAUGUAAACGGUUUGGGUAUAAGAGCUUGGGAGUAUGUCGAUGAUUAUAGAUGUAAGACGGAGAGGGGCAGUACUCCGUAUGGCCCCAUGAUACAGAUGCGCUAUUCGUUGAAUUCGCACAAU